CGCUUCACUCCUCCCCCUCGCGUUGGCCGCCGGCGCCGCGCCGCGCCGCCGCCUCACCAGCCAAAGCCUCCGAUUUGGCGUCUGCCCCUUCCCCUGCUACUCACGAUGAUGGGGUCGACGGCGCUCGGAGGUGGCGCGGCUCCUCCGGCCCGCGCCGGGGUGUUGGCCCCCAAGGAGGGAAGUGGGCAUACUAAACGAGGGAUCGAUGUAUGUGGAUGUGGUAGGAUCUUGCAUGUGAAUGGAGUCUGUGGACUUAACUCGAAGGCAUGGAGUGGUUUCAUGCUCAAAACUACUCCAAAGGUUGGACUCCCUCAACUCCGUGUGAGGGCAUCUGUUGCUUCUUCACCACAGAAACAGUACUCUCCUAAGACAGCAGAAGUUAAAUCAGGGGAGGAGGUGCACAUUGCAGUUCUAGGGGCCAAUGGUUAUACUGGAGCUGAGAUUGUUCGGCUUCUGGCAAACCAUCCUCAGUUUCGUAUCAAAGUGAUGACUGCAGAUAGAAAAGCUGGUGAACAGUUUGGAUCUGUAUUUCCUCACUUGAUAACACAGGACCUCCCAAAUUUAGUUGCAAUAAAAGAUGCAGAUUUUUCAAAUGUUGAUGCGGUUUUUUGUUGCUUGCCACAUGGAACAACCCAGGAAAUUAUUAAAGGUUUACGGAAGCAACUGAAGAUUGUUGAUCUCUCUGCGGAUUUUCGAUUGCGUGAUAUCAACGAGUAUGCUGAGUGGUAUGGUCAUUCCCAUAGGGCACCAGAACUUCAGCAAGAGGCUGUGUAUGGUUUGACUGAAGUUCUUCAAGGUGAAAUAAGAAAUGCACGACUUGUUGCAAAUCCAGGAUGUUAUCCCACAUCUAUUCAGCUUCCUCUUGUUCCUCUGAUAAAGGCAAAACUGAUCAAACUGAGCAACAUUAUCAUUGAUGCAAAAUCUGGGGUUAGCGGAGCAGGACGCGGAGCGAAGGAAGCAAAUCUUUACACUGAGAUAGCUGAAGGCAUCCAUGCUUAUGGAAUAAAAGGCCACCGUCAUGUUCCUGAGAUUGAACAAGGACUUUCAGAGGUUGCUGAAUCUAAAGUCACUAUCAGUUUUACUCCAAAUCUGAUCUGUAUGAAACGUGGAAUGCAAUCUACUAUGUUUGUUGAAAUGGCACCUGGAGUAACUGUCAGUGAUUUGUACCAGCAUCUCAAAUCUACUUACGAGGGUGAAGAGUUUGUCAAGCUGCUACAUGGCAGCAGCGUUCCUCACACACGGCAUGUUGUGGGAUCAAAUUACUGCUUCAUGAAUGUCUUCGAGGACAGAAUUCCUGGAAGGGCCAUCAUCAUCUCUGCUAUAGAUAAUCUUGUGAAGGGGGCGUCAGGUCAGGCAGUGCAGAACCUCAAUCUGAUGAUGGGCCUGCCUGAGAACACAGGGCUGCAAUAUCAGCCCCUAUUUCCUUGAUCCUCUGCAUCGAGCCAUGUUGGGCGGCAAGGAGAUCGCCAUUGGAGAGUGAAAAACCGAAGCUUGCUCGGAUGCACUGCUCGGUUUGUGAUGGGCUUUUGCUGAGUACUGGGUGCAGCUGCACUAUGGCAACCAUGGACACCAUACAACCCCUACAUCUUCAGUUCUUCACUACACCAUGCAUGUAGCUAGCUGUCAGAACUCAUACAUGUGACAUAUUUACUCCUACUACUACCUUUUCUAGAAGGGUUUUACUACUUCUUAAAUAUGCUUGCAAUAACUGGUUUUAUGAGUAGUAUUUAAUUACAUUGACUGCCAGAGUUAAUUGGUCACUAGCUAGAUCAGAUGCACACAACUGCAGGGGUACGUACUUGCACGUAUACCGGUGAGACAACAGUCGUCUACGUAUCCUGUCAGAUUAAUCAUUCUAUGUGUCAACAUUAAUACAAGAAAAACUUGAUCGUCAUU